AUGCAGGUCUUGGGCAGCCACUGCAUCUGUCCCAUCGCCAACCUCGAAAAGGGGAAUACCCGGCCGUCCCUGUGGGUAGGCUUGCCUGUGAAGAUCACCAUCGCCUCCAUUGCCGUAAACCACCAGUACCAAAGGGGCAACCUCAUCACCAUCCGUCAUUGCAAACCUAUCCUCACUCAGGCUCACAGCACCUCGGCCAGCCCAGACAUGUGGCCGAAGACGCCCAGGGCAGACGCCGGCCCCCUUACUCCAGGAACCAGCCGCUGUUCCCGCAGGCUAGCACAAUAG